AGCCGGGCGUUGCGUCACGCGUUGCUAGGCGGCGGGACGCCGCGCGCAGCCAUGGCGGCCCGCGGCGGGGAGCGGGAGCAGCCGGACCCGGUGCAGCUGGACCGGCUGCUGGGCGAGCGCGUGCGGAAGGAGCUGCGGUGCCUCAGGCUGCGCACCGAGCGCGGCCUGAACCCGCUCAGACGCGUUCACACGGUCACCAAGAAGCCUAUGUCUUGGCACGACAAUAUAGAAGAGCCUGCAGAUGAAAAGUUUCUGAAUGUUAUUCAUCAUGCUGCACUGGAGCCAACAAAGAAAUAUUCAGAGCCACAAACUGAAAGCCAGGAAAUAGGCUGGAACACAACACCUUUGAUCGAUGUAGACCGCACUGAUCGCAGACUCUACUUCCCACGCCGGAAAACGGAGAUCACUAAACUAGGUAGCUGCCGUGUAGCAUCUUGAAGGAGCAGUAUGAGAAGCUGCAGUAGGAGAAUGGCAAAGCCACACAACAUAGACUGAGGCAGUUAGUGACAUAUAAUGCAUUAGACCCUGUUCGUUAGUAGGUGAAUGUGGUAGAUUUCUGGCACCAGAAGAUUGCAAGAAAAGGGAGGAGAGAACCCAUCUGUCUAGAUUUGCAGCCUGACAAUAGUUACAGAAAUAAACCUAUUAAUAAGACCUUUA